CGUUUACCCAACAAACAUAAAGUGAAAUUGUGUCAUGCACCGGCUAAUCACUGUCAAACGCCGUUUGCCAGGUCUCUUGUACGUCCAGCAUACGCCUAGUAGCUAUUAUGUGACGAGUCGAAAACUACACACCUCAAGAACAACUUCACAGCAAGAGUCCGGAUAUUCCCAGGCUAUGUAUUCGGAAUGGAAACGGGAUCCCCAAGCUGUUCAUGAAUCCUGGAGGAAGUAUUUCGAGAGUGGCGGUGCUCCUUCAAGUGCAGCUGCUUCUAGCUCAACUGUAGAGUCGCCCGUUCUGGUGCCGAUUGGUAGUGCACGGUUACCAAGUUUGCCCGACGCGGUACCUCUUGACAGCAGCGAAGAUGUAAUGGACCACAUGAAGAUACAGCUACUUGUUCGAGCGUACCAAGCGCGAGGUCAUCAUAUCGCUAAGUUGGAUCCGCUAGGGAUUCUGGACCCCGACCUGGACCCCGAAGCUCCCAAGGAACUGAAGCUCUCCUACUAUGGAUUUAAAGACAACGACUUGGAAAAGACGUUUACUCUGGGACCUGGUGCAUUGCCUGGUAUAGGACAAAGCAAGUUAACUCUGCAACAAAUUGUUGACCACUUGAAACAUAUAUACUGUGGUUCCAUCGGCACUGAAUACAUUCAUAUACCCAACAAAGAUGAAUGCGAUUGGCUCAGGGAAAGACUAGAAAAGGUCAAACCUUAUGAAUUUUCUCGUGAUGAAAAGUACAUGAUGUUGGACCGUUUGAUGUGGUCUAGUAUUUUUGAGCUAUUUGUGGCAAAGAAAUACCCAGGAGAAAAAAGAUUUGGUCUUGAAGGAGCCGAAUCUUUGAUAGCUGGAAUGAAAGCCAUGGUUGAUCGCUCAGUGGAUCAUGGUGUUCAAUCUAUUAUCAUAGGUAUGCCACAUCGAGGAAGACUUAAUAUCUUGAGUAAUGUGAUUCGAAAGCCAAAUGAAUCCAUCUUCUGCGAAUUCAUGGGUGUGCAGUCGUCUUCCGUGGAAGGAUCCGGCGAUGUCAAGUACCAUCUCGGCAUGAACUACGUUCGGCCAACACCAUCUGGAAAACGAGUCCAUCUUUCUCUGAUCGCAAAUCCUGCGCACUUGGAAGCAGUUGGUCCUGUAGUGCUUGGAAAAACCAAAGCUUUACAGUUCUACAAUGAUGAUGAAGCGCAUGAUAGUGCACUUGCCAUCAUUUUACACGGUGAUGCAGCUUUUGCUGCUCAAGGAGUCGUGUAUGAAAGCAUGAGUUUCCACGACACUCCUGAAUACGCUACAGGUGGUUGCAUUCACGUUGUUGUCAAUAAUCAAAUUGGUUUUACUACGGAUCCUCGAUAUGCUCGAUCAACACCCUAUUGCACUGAUAUCGCAAAGUCUAUCAACGCACCUAUCCUCCAUGUAAAUGCAGACGAUGUGGAAGCCGUUACCUUUGUCAUGCAGUUAGCCGCUGAUUGGCGAAAGACUUUCAAGAAAGACAUUGUUGUGGAUUUGGUAUGCUACCGACGACACGGUCACAAUGAAGCGGAUCAGCCGUCAUUUACACAGCCAGCUAUGUAUGACAAAAUCGCGAAGCAAAAGCCUGUGCUGGAUCAAUAUAUCGAACAACUUAAGAAAGAAGGAGUGUUCUCAGACAAGGACAUUGAAGAAAAUAGAAAUCGAAUUGAAAAGCUUUUGGAAGAGAGCUAUGCUCGUAGCAAGGAUUACAAUCCUACUUCGCGUGAAUGGCUUUCCAGCUCCUGGCCAGGCUUCAGAUCUCCAAAGGAAGUCGCUGAAAACAUUCUUCCUCAGCCAAAUACUGGUGUGCCUAAGGACAUUUUGGAAAAAGUAGGACGUGCUAUUAGCCACACACCAGAAGACUUUACUGUCCACCGGGGUGUUCAACGAAUCUUGAGCACUCGAGAAAAGAACAUCCAAGCAGGUAAGGAUAUUGACUGGUCCACUGCUGAGGCUUUGGCUGUCGGAACACUUCUUUUGGAAGGCAAGCAUGUCCGUAUCUCUGGACAGGAUGUUGAGCGUGGCACAUUCUCCCAGCGACAUGCCAUAUUGCAUGAUCAAAAGAAGGAAGAGCAAUACACUCCACUGAAGCACAUUAGCGAGGAUCAAGCAAAAUUCAGCAUCUCCAAUUCUACCUUGUCAGAGUAUGGUGUUUUGGGCUUUGAAUUGGGCUACAGUUUGGCGGAUCCCAAUUCUUUGGUGAUUUGGGAAGCUCAGUUUGGAGAUUUCGCUAACACAGCCCAGUGCAUCAUUGACCUUUUCAUUGCCUCCGGUGAAAAGAAAUGGCUACAAAGAACUGGCCUUACCUUAUCUCUUCCACAUGGAUAUGAUGGCCAAGGACCAGAGCAUUCCUCUACAAGAAUCGAACGGUUCCUCCAGCUUUGUGACGACCAUCCCUACAUUUAUCCUUCGGAAGAAAAAUUGCAGAGGAUACACCAAGAUUGCAACAUGCAAGUCGUUUAUCCUACUACACCAGCUAAUUACUUCCAUGCUUUACGACGCCAAAUUCAUCGUGAAUAUCGUAAACCAUUGAUUUUACCCUUUUCCAAAUCACUCCUUCGACAUCCACUUGCAAAAUCGUCUUUGGAAGAUAUGACAGGCGAUAAUGGAUUCAAGCUUUAUAUACCAGAGCCUCAUCCAGAUAGUCUUGCUGCUCCCGAAGAGAUUAAGAAGCAUGUAUUGUGUUCUGGCCAGGUCUACUAUGCUCUACUACGUGCUCGCGAUGAGAAUAAAUUGAACGACAUUGCUAUAUCAAGAAUUGAGCAGAUCAGUCCUUUCCCAUGGAGCCAAGUCAAGGAACAUGUUGACAAAUAUCCUAAUGCACAAAUCGUGUGGUGCCAGGAAGAGCCGUUGAAUAUGGGUGCAUGGCAAUAUGUUCAGCCACGCCUCAUUACAACUCUUGCCGAGACGCAACAUCAUAAAGAUACCUUCCCCAUCUACGCCUCACGCCCUCCAUCUGCCUCAAUAGCAACCGGAAACAAGAGGCAACAUAAGCAAGAGGAAUACUCAUUCCUGUCAAAGGCCUUACUUGGAGUAACAAAGCCAGAGCCCAAGGAUGUGGUGUCUGGUGUGCCUAUCUGGGAUAUACCCUCAGAUGCGGAACGCGUCAUCGACAACACCGUAUCUUCCAAAGACACCGGGCGACCUCCUUCUCCCAGUGUCCCACAACAAGCAUCUUCACAGCAGACAUCGUCUUCAUCUCCGUCACCCAAGGAAGAUGGUCAUAAGGACGCAGUUCUCGAAGCCUUAGGCGGUGCAGUCGACGCUAUUCCAAAAGAGGAGCAGAACGAUGCACCUCAGAAAGAACAGCAAUCAAAAGGAUUUUUUGGAUGGAUCUCUGGAAGGCGAUAGGGAAACAUUUCUAAUCUUCUAGCUUUUUAUACGAAGUGAAUACAUGCUAUGUGAUAGAGACGGUCACGAUAACCUAACUUUACAAGAUAGGAUAUGCAAUAAGUUAAAUGUUUUAGGAGGGUGCAUCAUGUUUAGGCGGGCUAAGCAGUAUGGGAAUAAAUAGCAUCUCUAGUAGAGUACGUUACGGACAUGAAUAGAC